GUUACAUGGGUGCUUCAUGAGAUGAGACAGAAGAGGGAGGAGCAGAAGCUGAACCUGGGCCAGCUGACCCACAUGAUCAACUACCACGAACAGAACCUGCUACAGAUGAGGAAGAGCCACGACAACGCCGUGCAGAGCCGCAAUGACAGGUGAGUCUGGAUGUCUGUUGGUCAGUCUGCACCGUCCACACGACCACCAAACAAGAUUCUACAUAUCAGAUAGGGAAGGACGGCUACUGCUAAUGACUGACUACAGGACAAUGAUGCUGAACACUGUGGGCGACUGGGCGGCCACUGAUGGUUUUUGACCGAUUGUCAUCCCUACUUUACAAUUUGGUAGCUCUCUCAGGGGUGAGGUCUCUCUCUCUCCCCCCCUCUCUCUCUUUCCUUCCUUCCUUCUCUCUCUCUCUCUCUCUCUCUCUCCUCUCCUCCUCCCUCUCUCUCCUCUCUCCUCCUCUCUCUCUCCUUCUCUCUCUCUCCCUCUCUCCUCUCUCCCUCUCUCUCUCCCUCUCUCUCUCUCUCUCUCCUCCUCUCUCUCUCUAUCUUCUCCUUUCUCUCUGUCCCCAUCUAUCUCUCCCCAUCUCUUUCUCUCUCCCUCUCUCUCCCUCUCCUCUCUCCCCCACACUAACUCUCCCCCAAUCCCUCUCUCUCGCCGCUCAUACUAUCCCCUCUACCCCCCACACCACCCCCCUUCUCUCCUCGGCUUUCUCUUGGCUCUCAAUUCAAUUUAAGAGGGCUUUAUUGCAUGGGAAACGUAUGUUAACAUUGCCAAAUCAAGUGAAGUAGAUAGUAAAACAAAAGUGAAAUAAACAAUAAUAUUAACAGUAAAACAUUACACUCAGAAGUUCAAAAAAUAAUAAAGACAUUUCAAUGUCAUAUUAUGUACACUGCUCAAAAAAAUAAAGGGAACACUUACAUUUUAGUCAUUUAGCAGACGCUCUUAUCCAGAGCGACUUUACAGUUAGUGAAUACAAUAUAUAUAUAUAUAUUUUUUUUUUUUCAAUACUGGUCCCCCGUGGGAAACGAACCCACAACCCUGGCGUUGCAAACGCCAUGCUCUAUCAACUGAGCUACAUCCCUGCCGGCCAUUCCCUCCCCUACCCUGGACAACGCUAGGCCAAUUGUGCGCCGCCCAUGAGUCUCCCGGUCGCGGCCGGCUGCGACAGAGCCUGGAUUCAAACCAGGAUCUCUAGUGGCACAGCUAGCACUGCGAUGCAGUGCCUUAGACCACUGCGCCACUCAGGAGACAUAGGGUUAAACAACGCAAUGUAACUCCAAGUCAAUCACACUUCUGUGAAAUCAAACUAUCCACUUAGGAAGCAACGCUGAUUGACAAUACAAAUUAUGGUGGAAAAUAAGUAUUUGGUCACCUACAAACAAGCAAGGUCUCCCUACGGCGGCCUUUCUCAAUAGCAAAGCUAUGCUCACUGAGUCUGUACAUAGUCAAAGCUUUCCUUAAGUUUGGGUCAGUCACAGUGGUCAGGUAUUCUGCCACUGUGUACUCUCUGUUUAGGGCCAAAUAGCAUUCUAGUUUGCUCUGUUUUUUUGUUAAUUCUUUCCAAUGUGUCAAGUAAUUCUCUUUUUGUUUUCUCAUGAUUUGGUUGGGUCUAAUUGUGUUGUUGUUGUUGUCCUGGGGCUCUGUGGGGUCUGUUUGUGUUUGUGAACAGAGCCCCGGGACCAGCUUGCUUAGGGGACUCUUCUCCAAGUGAAUCUCUCUGUAGGUGAUGGCUUUGUUAUGGAAGGUUUGGGAAUCGCUUCCUUUUAAGUGGUUAUAGAAUUUAACGGCUCUUUUCUGCAUUUUGAUAUCUCUCUCUGGCAGAGGUGUGCAGUUGCUGGAGCGUGAGGAGGAGAUGUGUAUCUUCUAUGAGAAGGUGAAUGUUCAGGAGGGCCUGAUCAGAAACGGUGACAUGGAGACGCAGGCGCUGGAGGAGGAGACGCGCUGCCUGCAGAUGAUCACCAACGAAGAACGAAGACAGACAGCCCUCAGCAGGAAACUG